UGUGUGUGUCUGAGGGGGUUCUGUAGAGGAGAGUAAUUUCUUCUCAUCAUCUGGAAAAUGACAAUGUGCAAAAACCAGCGGUGAAGAUGGAACUGCUGAAAUCUGCAUCACAUAAACCUACAAACAUGGAGUGUGUUAAAGAAGAGUGUGAAGACGUACAUAUUCCAGAUCCAUGCACUGUGAAAGAUGAAGAAACCGAGGAACAAAUAGACUGUACGCCUGUAAAGGAGGAAACCCAAGAUGUGAAAGAUGAAGAAGAGGAUGAAGAACAGCUCAUUGACCCAGAAAGUACACAGACAUCUCUCAGUUGCACAGAAACACACAAUAAGCGCUUCAAAAGAAGACGCCUACAAACAAAACCAGGCUUCAAAUGCAGCCAAUGUGGAAAGAGUUUCUCUCGUGAAGGACACCUCGAGAGCCACAUGCGGAUUCACACCGGGGAAACCCCGUUUACCUGCAAGCAGUGCGGAAAACGCUUCAACCAGAAGGGAAAUCUUUACAGCCAUAUGAAGAUCCACAGCGGAGAGAGUCCGUUUAGGUGCCAGCAAUGCGGGAAGAGCUUCAACCAGAAGGGAAACCUGAAACUCCACAUGAGAAUCCACACCGGAGAGUGUCCGUUCACAUGCAAACACUGCGACAAGAGCUUCUCGCUGAAGGGAAACCUCAUGAACCACAUGAAGACUCACUCCGGAGAGAGAUCGUUCGCAUGCAGGCGCUGCGGGAAGAGCUUCACGCAAAACAAAACGCUAAAGUCUCACAUGAAGGUGCACGAGGGAGAUCAAUGCGGAGUAUGUUCACGUCACAGAUCCAGCUGUUCUGAUGCCAAAUGCUCGAACAGACACUUGAGAACUAAACAUGAAGAAAAGCAAACUGUUGAAUGCAGUGAGAUGGGAAUCUCAGAUGAUCAACGUUUAACAUCUGACGACAGAGAAAAACCCUUCCAAUGCCAGCAGUGUCCGAGGAGUUUCCGACUGAAGAGGUUUCUCCAGCUGCACUUGAGGAUUCACACCGGGGAGAAACCGUUUGUGUGCCGACACUGUGGGGAAACUUACACACACCAGGGAAACUUCAAGGUUCACGUUCGGAUGCACACUGAAGAGCGGCCGUUCAUUUGCCCUCAUUGCGGAAAACACUUCCAUCAUCAAGGAAACCUGAGGAGCCACAUGCGUCUGCACACGAGGGAGAAGCCGUACCCCUGUCCUCUGUGCGGAGAGAGCUUCGUUUAUUCAACACAUCUCAAGACACACCUGGAGUUUCAUUCUGAACGCGGAAAGAGUCACAUGUUGAAAAGGGAAUAUGUAAAUGAGCCGAGCAGCCAAUCAGAGGACAGCCGGUUUAUUUGCGAUUGUUGCGGUAGAAACUUUCUUUCGCGGUAUCAUUUAGAAGUGCACCAGAUAUGUCGAGGCGACGACAGACCGCAUGUGUGCUGUUUCUGCAGCAUGAGCUUUAAGUGGAUUGGUAAUCUAAAGGCACACAUGAGGUGGCAUGGCUCUGUGAAAGCCGCCGCAGGCGUGAUUCGACGUCCACUAAUUCAUUCUGACGCAAAAACAGACGAGGAAAGCGGAAAGCUGAAAAGGGGUACUUGUGAAACUUCAACAGAGGCUGAAAGACGAGAGAAGAACGGAGAGAAGCUGUACUACUGCUCUACAUGCGGGAUGAGUUUCAGCACAUGCAUUUAUUUGCUGGCUCAUAAGAAGAAGCACUGUCCGAAGUGAACUGUAAAACUCAUCUUUGAAGGCUCUACGAUGCAGUUUUUAUUGCUUAUAAAGAGUGAAAACGGUCAUUGGAUUUUCAUUUUAGAAACGGAUAUUAAAAAAAAUGGAAAACG